AUGGUGGUGGUUGUGGCGGUGGUGGCUGUGGCGGUGCUGGCGGAGCCGUCGGCAUCGGUGGGGCGGAGCGAGGGCCGGAGGACGGCCGAGGUGCUUGUGACCGACGUAGACGGAGACGCGCGUGCAGACGUGGUGGGCUACUUGAGUGCGCAGGGCAAGCUGGUGUGGUUCAAGCACGAGGGAACCGACUCGGGCGCGUCGCCGCUGUUUGGCGACGAGCAGAUGAUCGACGAGGAGGCGCCGAGCCCGCUGCACACCAUGUUCAUGGCCGACUUUGGCGCGGACGGCUUCCCGGACACGGCGCUGGCGGUUUUACUUGCCAACAACUCGGCAGCAGUGUUUGUGUACCCCAACGGCGGGCCGGGCGUCGGGUUUGGGGCGCGGAGUAAGGCGUUUGUGCACCGUGCGCUGGCGGCGCCCGGCCACGCCACGCUCUCACCGCUGGACGUGGACGGCGACGGACUGGUCGACGUGGUGGUGGCCGACGCUGAGAGCCUUACCUGGCACCGCAACCUCGGUGGGUAUGCAUUCCGCUUCGAGGGCUCGCUCUCGGGCCCGAGCAAGGAUGCGGCGCUGGAGCUGCUACUGGCAGCGACGUCGCCGGGCGCGGGCCAGCUGCCCGAGUCGACAAUCAUUGACUCGGGCGUGGCGACACGCAAGCCGGCAGUGCGCAGCGUGGAGAUGGGAAAGCGCCAGGCAAAGAGCGUGCGGCCUAAACCGCACGCGCUCGCGGCAAACCUGCGGUCGCUGCAAAUGCGCGAGGAGACGUCGCAGGGCACGCGGCUGACGCUCACGUUCGGAGUGGUCAUGGCUUGUGUCUCGUUUGCACUUGCUAUCAACUGCAUGCACUCGUUUUCGAUGGCGUAGGCUGCGGGAGUAAAGGAAAGUCCGAUGUGCCGA